CCCCAGGGCCCCAGGGCCCACGGAGGCGGGCUGCGGACAGCACCAUGGCGGGCUCCGAGGCAGUGCAGAGGGCCACGACGCUCAUCGAGGAGCGGCUGGCGCAGGAGGAGGAAAAUGAGAAACUCCGCGGAGCCACCCAUCAGAAGUUGCCCAUGGACAUGCUGGUGUUGGAGGAUGAGAAGAACCACGGAGCCCAGAGUCCGGCCUUACAAAAGGUUAAGGGCCAAGAGCGUGUGCGGAAGACCUCCCUAGACCUGCGGAGGGAGAUCAUCGAUGUGGGCGGGAUCCAGAACCUCAUCCAGCUGCGGAAAAAACGCAAGCAGAAGAAACGGGAAGCCCUGGCCGCCUCCCAGGAGCCGCCUCCCGAGCCAGAGGAGAUCACUGGCCCUGUGGAUGCAGAGACAUUCCUGAAAGCGGCUGUGGAGGGGAAAAUGAAGGUCAUUGUGAAGUUCCUGGCCGACGGGGGUUCCCCUGACACCUGCGAUCAGUUCCACCGGACAGCACUGCACCGAGCUUCCCUGGAGGGCCACAUGGAGAUCCUGGAGAAGCUUCUGGAGAAUGGGGCCACUGUGGACUUCCAGGAUCGGCUGGACUGCACAGCCAUGCAUUGGGCCUGCCGUGGGGGCCACUUGGAGGUGGUGAAACUCCUGCAAAGCCGAGGAGCAGACACCAACAUGAGGGAUAAGCUGCUGAGCACCCCCCUGCACGUGGCAGUCCGGACGGGACACGUGGAGAUCGUGGAACACUUUCUAUCCCUGGGUCUGGACAUCAAUGCCAAAGACAGAGAAGGGGACAGUGCCCUGCACGAUGCCGUGAGGCUCAACCGCUACAAAAUCAUCAAACUGCUGCUCCUGCAUGGGGCUGACAUGAUGUCCAAGAACCUGGCAGGAAAGACCCCCACGGACCUGGUGCAGCUGUGGCAAGCUGACACCCGGCAUGCUCUGGAGCACCCCGAGCCAGGUUCGGAGCAGAAUGGGCUGGAGGGGUCUGCUGAGAGUGGACGGGAGACCCCCCAGCCUGAACCAGCCCAGUGAACACCUGUCCCAGCCCACCAGGCACCUGACCUGUCCCCUGCGUACAGCCAGGGGGUCAUAAGAAUGGCCCCCAGAGCUGAGGACUACACCAUUCCUCUGCGUACGUCCUGGGAGCACCCACAAGUUACCACAAUAAAAAAGUCCUUUUUGCUA